CGAGGGUUACUACUUAGAUACUGAUAUAUAAACAGCGGGAACUCUCUUCCGAACCCUAGGAUUCUCGUUAGCUUUCUUCUCCCCAAUUUCAUCACCAAAAUUUUCUCCCACCAAAAGAUUCACAAAUCACAGCUAAAUUCUGUGGAUCAUACUCCCAGUUUAAUCAUGACGGAUUACGACGGCAGGUACGAAGGUAAUGGGGAAGAUGCAGACAACUAUGGCGAUGGUUUUUCUCCCCAAGCCCGUGCUGCCAGCCACGGUGGCCACGAUACUCACACUGAUUCCAAAUCUCAGCAUGGUUCUAGAGAUUAUGAAAGAGAGUCUUCGAAAAGUCGAGAAAAAGAAAGAGAUAAGGGGCGUGAUAGGGACAGGGAGAGGGAUCGAGACCGAGGUCGAGAUAGGGAUAGAGAGAAAAGCAAGGAUGGGGAAAGAGAUCGGGAGAAGGACAGAGAUAGGGAUAGGGAUCGCGACAAAGACCGUGAUAGGGAUCGUGACCGCCAUCAUAGAGACCGCCACAGGGAUCGAGGUGAGAGAAGGGAAGGGGGCAGAAGUAGAGAUGAUGAUGAUUACUACAGGAGUAGAGACUAUGACAGACGGAGAGAUUAUGAUAAAGAACGAGAAGACAGGCACAGACGUAGGUCCCGUUCUCGCUCAAAGGGAAUACAUGAGCAUACGUCAAGGUCCCCUUCUCCAACGCGGUCAAGAUCACGCUCCAAAAGCAAACGAAUUAGUGGUUUUGACAUGGCUCCUCCAACAACUGCAAUAUUGUCUGGUGCAACUGCUGCUGCAGCAGGCCAGAUUCCUGGGGCAACUCCAGCUAUUCCUGGAAUGUUUCCUACAAUGUUUCCACUGGCGACCGGUCAGCCCUUUGGGGCACUUCCUGUUAUGCCGGUUCAGGCAAUGACACAGCAGGCUACUAGACAUGCACGACGUGUUUAUGUGGGCGGGCUACCACCAACAGCCAACGAACAGUCUGUUGCAACAUUUUUCAGUCAGGUUAUGGCAGCAAUAGGAGGAAAUACCGCUGGCCCUGGAGAUGCGGUUGUCAAUGUAUAUAUUAAUCAUGAGAAAAAGUUCGCUUUUGUGGAGAUGAGAUCUGUUGAGGAAGCCAGUAAUGCAAUGGCAUUGGAUGGGAUCAUCUUUGAGGGAGCACCUGUGAAGGUGCGAAGACCUAGUGAUUACAAUCCUUCUCUUGCUGCAACUCUUGGUCCCAGCCAGCCAAACCCCAAUCUGAACCUAGCUGCUGUUGGUCUAACUCCAGGUUCCGCUGGUGGUCUUGAGGGUCCAGACCGCAUUUUUGUGGGUGGACUUCCCUAUUACUUCACAGAAGCUCAGGUGAGGGAGUUGCUGGAGUCUUUUGGGCCCCUACGAGGUUUUGAUCUCGUGAAAGACAGAGAGACUGGAAAUUCAAAAGGAUAUGCAUUUUGUGUUUACCAAGAUCUUUCAGUCACAGACAUAGCCUGUGCAGCACUCAAUGGUAUUAAAAUGGGUGAUAAGACACUCACUGUUCGGCGUGCAAAUCAAGGAGCCAAUCAACCCAAACCAGAGCAAGAAAGUGUUCUUUUACAUGCACAGCAGCAAAUUGCUUUACAGAAGCUUAUGCUACAGCCUGGGGCUGUAUCCACCAAGGUUCUUUGUCUUACACAAGUUGUUACCCCUGAAGAGCUAAUUAAUGAUGAAGACUACGAAGAUAUCAUGGAGGACAUGCGAGGGGAAGGCGGAAAAUUUGGUACAUUAGUGAACGUCGUUAUCCCGCGUCCAAGACCCAAUGAAGCAGCACCUGGAGUUGGAAAGGUGUUUUUGGAGUAUGCAGACAUUGAUAGCGCAACGAAAGCUCGAGCUGGUUUGAAUGGGAGAAAAUUUGGAGGGAACCAAGUGAUGGCUGUAUUCUAUCCUGAGAACAAGUUUGCCCAAGGGGAGUAUGAUGCCUAAACAUCAUCAAAUUUGACAGUGAUUGGACAAGUUGUGUCAUUAGAAGAAAGAAGAGAAUAUUUAGGUUUGUUUUAAAUGUGGGGGUAAGUUUGUGUGCUAAUCUGGAAGAACUCGAAUAGCAAAGUGAGUAAUGCAAGUGACCUUAGAUCCAUCUAGAUUGUUAGAUUUCUAUCAUUUUGGAAAAGUAAUGGACAGCUUCAUCAAACUCUAAUCUCUACUUUUGAUUUGUGGAAGCAUAUUAUUAUUAUUAUUUAA